AUGGGCUCCGUCGUCCUCCCUCACCUCACCACAGGCUGGCAUGUCGACCAAGCAAUCCUCUCCGACGAGGAGCGCCUCGUCGUGAUCCGCUUCGGCCGCGACUGGGAUCCAGACUGCAUGCGGCAGGACGAAGUGCUCUUCCGCAUCGCCGACCGCGUCAAGAACUUCGCCGUCAUCUACGUCUGCGACAUCGACCAGGUGCCGGACUUCAACCAGAUGUACGAGCUCUACGACCCCAUGACGAUCAUGUUCUUCUUCCGCAACAAGCACAUGAUGUGCGACUUCGGCACGGGCAAUAACAACAAGCUGAACUGGGUGCUGGAUGAUAAGCAGGAGCUUAUCGAUAUUAUCGAGACGAUUUAUAAGGGGGCGAAGAAGGGGAGGGGCUUGGUGGCGCUGGGGAAAUGGGAAAUAUGA